GUUGUGGAAUACACAAAGCACAAAUAAACUUCAGACAUGAUCUAAACAAGAGGCGACCCUUCCCCACUUGCCUUUUUUCUUUUUUGUUGGUGUCAGUCCAUCCUAGGUUAUCAAAUAUAGGGUAUUUGGAGGCCAAGAGGAGCGGCUGUUAGGUCCUUUAUGUGCUGACUUCACAGAUCUAUGAAUAUUCCUUUCCAUCAGAAAUGCUGGGAUCUAAAUGGUGUCUUUUCAGUUUCUAAAUAUAGAUGGAGAUAUCACUUUAUCCAAAUCUGGAGAGAAUGUUAGAGAGACAAGCACACUGAGAGAGAGAGAAAGAGAGAGAUAGGAAAUUGAAAUUGGUAUUUUGAUUUUAGGGUACUGAGUAGCAAGUGGGAUGCUGCUGUUAUUAUGGCGCGGAGACAAUGGACAUCUGUUAGUUCCAUGAUCAAGGCUUCGGCUUUAUAUUGGUAUGCAGUAAUCACCCGUCGCUCCGGUUGGUGGACCAACAAACGUCUUACAAGUUGGACCCUCAAAGUGAUGAUUCAGUAUAUUCAAGAUCGUAUCACAUGGAAAUCUGUGUGCCCCCAUCGCUGUCCAACUCUUGGUUCACAUAUUCUGCCUGCUCUAUCAUUGAGUGUUGUGUACACUCUCUGCCCAAAGGUUAACCCCCCACCUCCCAACCCUUCAACAAAAACAGCUUGCCCUAUUUCUUUGUACCUUGCCAUUGUUAAGAAGGCUGUGGAGCAUAUAUGCAUUAGGCCCACUGAUCUUCUUGUUCUCUCUCUUUAUUGCUAUAGCCACAUGAUUUCUGUAGGCUUUUUACAUUGAUAGUUGAUAAGGUUAGUGUCUCAUUCGCACCUAGGCCUCCUGUUCCAUGUAUACCUAGUUGUUUGGUGCUGCUAUUUACUAUGGCGUACAAGUUCCAAAUUGCACGUUGUUCUCUCAUAUUAUAUGAGAAAGAAAGACACGGACACAAGUUUAAUAAACCCUACACAAAUUAUGGUAGACUUUACUGAAAUUACUUUUGUAUCUUUUUUUUUUCCUCAUGGUGUACAUAAGACUUUGAAAAGAAGAUAAGCGGCUGUGAAUUUGUUUGGAAUAUUUAAUCUAUGCCUAUAUUUCUAUUGAAAGUGACCGAAACAUAUAAUGCAAAUAAUACAUAAU